GACUGUAGAUAUCAGUUUACGGUCGCAAUCCGCAAUCGCACGCCCACACAACCGGGCGUGGAAUCUACAUAUCACAGAUGCGGAUACAGAUACUCGGAUCUAGAUGAGCACUCUUUCGCCACCAGAGCUCGGCUCUUGUUUAUUCGAGUUCCGAACAGCAGCCGAGCCGGAGGCAAAACCUAGCGGAUAACGAUAACCCAACCAGGACCCACUCUUUAUACGAUCUCUGCUCUCUCUCUAUAUAUCGUAUAUAUAUCUUUUGUUCAGUGUUUGUGUCGUGCAAAAGUGAAAGCCCCAAAAAUAAUAAAAAAAAAAAAACAGCCAGGGAGCAAAGCAAAACCAAAUCAAAACAAAAUAAACCGAAUUAUGAAAUUCCCACGUCGGUGUAAAGUGAGAUGAUUUGAGGUCUGUGUUACAAAUCCUUUCCCGUGCCGUCGUCCCAACAUCAUGCUCGACAAAUUCAACACACACGCAUUCAUAUCGUUUGGACUGGGAUUCAUACUGAUGUGGCUGAGCGAAGCCACGGAAGCCCACAUGAACUACACAGCCAAGCCGCGAGUAGUUCUUCCGCCUAAUUAUGUCAAGGAGAUACGGCCGCCCUCGAAGAAGGGCUCCCCAGUGAUAGUAGACUUUAGCAUAUUCGUUGUAGAUAUUAACUCAAUUAACGUAGAGGAUAUGGACUUUAGAGUAGACAUGUUUAUACAUCAGCGCUGGCUGGAGUCGCGUCUGGAGAUCCCAGAUGACAUCUUCGAGGAGGGCGACGACUAUGUGACGCUGCUUCCAGAGGUCUUUGAGAAUUUUUGGCAGCCGGACCCGUACUUUCUCAAUUCCAAGAUUGCCGAAAUAGCGACAUUGACCCACAAGUUCACGUCGGUGACGCUCUACAAGAACAAGACGGUGCGCUACGCCGCCCGGAUGCACGCGAUCAUCGCCUGCCAGAUGGAGUUCCAGCUCUACCCCAUGGACAUCCAGGUGUGUCCCAUCUACAUCGAGAGCUUCUCGUCAAACAACCAGAAGGUGAAGCUGCGCUGGUCCGACUCCGGCGUCACCCUCAAUCCGGAGCUGAAGUUGCUGCAGUAUAAUCUGGGCCAGCCCUUGGAGCUGGAGGAGAGCGACGGCUACAUGCCGGAGAAGGUGGGGAACUUCUCCCGCCUCACCGUGUACUUCCGCUUCGAGCGCCAGAUUGGCCACCACCUCAUCCAGACCUUCGCCCCCUCCUCGCUGGUCGUGAUGCUCUCUUGGUUCAGUUUCUGGUUGGGAUUGGACGCCAUUCCGGGACGCGUCACGCUCCUGGUGACAUGCAUGCUGACCCUGGUCACCAUGUUCACGGGUGCCGACAUUCCGCCGGUGGCCUACGUAAAGGCCCUGGACCUCUGGAUGGCCGGCUGCAUGCUGUCCGUGUUCGCCGCUCUGGCCGAGUUCGUGGUGGUGAAAGUGCUGGACGUGCAGUACCAGUACCAGGUGAACCGCAUACCCAAGGUACUGCCCAUGCGCAUCAGCAACAUGGAGAAGGGUCAGUGUGCGACGGUGGCCAGCUGGGAAGGAGGAGCGGUGCGCUCGCGGAAAGCCACCCAGACGCCCACGACGCCGGGCCAGACCUCACUGCAGGGGAAUGGUGGACCACCCAAGCCGGCAAGGCGUCAGAGCCUUUUAUCUGUGGCCUGGACGGAUACGGAUACUGGCGUGGAGAAGAUCAUGUGGCGAGAGAUCGACAAGGUGUCCCGCGCCGUAUUCCCCAUCCUGUUCUUCGUUUUCGUGCUCCUGUACUGGCCGAUACUGCUGAUGAAGUCGUCCUAGGAUUUGGGGAGCUCCAGACUGCACAUGUCUGGACUCCGUUAAAAAGUCGAAAGGAAGCGAAUCAGAUGAUGGAACUACAACUGAACUGGAUUUGGUGCC